GCUGCGCGCGCUCGUGGUGGCUGCUGCUGCGCGUCGCUCCGACGGAUUCUAACUUGUAUCUCAGGACUCCUUUUGGGGACUUUUGAACAGCAUCCUUUGCACACACCCCCUACACCAGUGGAUCCUAUUUUGUUGUGGCUUUGUGGGAAAUUUCUAAUUUUCAAAAAGAUGCCCGCCGACAUGAUGGAAAAAUCUUCAUCCUCUCCGGUUGCUGCAACUCCGGCAAGCAUGAACACAACUCCGGAUAAACCCAAGACAGCGUCUGAGCAUAGAAAGUCUUCAAAACCGAUUAUGGAAAAGAGGAGAAGAGCCAGAAUCAAUGAAAGCUUGGGUCAGCUGAAAACUCUCAUCCUGGAUGCCCUGAAAAAAGAUAGCUCCAGACACUCUAAACUGGAGAAGGCGGACAUCCUGGAGAUGACGGUCAAACACCUCCGGAACCUCCAGAGGGCUCAGAUGACGGCUGCGCUGAACACAGACCCCACCGUCUUGGGAAAAUACCGCGCGGGCUUCAGUGAGUGCAUGAAUGAAGUCACGCGGUUUCUGUCCACCUGUGAAGGCGUCAAUACUGAAGUGAGGACGCGCCUCCUGGGCCACUUGGCCAGCUGCAUGACUCAAAUCAACGCCAUGAAUUACCCCAGCCAGCAUCAGCACCAGCAUCAACUGCCUCCCGCCGCCGGGCCAACGCAUCCCUCCUUCGGUCAGUCCAUGGUGCAAAUCCCCAACUCGUCCCCGCAGGUCCUGCCCAUGAACCCGGUGUCCUGCAAAGGGGGCUCCUCGCCGCCCACUUUACCUCCAGACGCCACCAAAGUGUACGGCGGCUUUCAAAUCGUGCCUGCCACGGACGGACAGUUUGCUUUCCUCAUACCCAACGCGGCGUUUGCGCCGAACGGCCCCGUGAUCCCGGUGUACGCCAACAACGUCAGCACGCCGGUGCCGGUUCCGGCUGCGGUUUCCCCUGGAGCUCCAUCAGCCAACACGGACUCAGUGUGGAGACCGUGGUGAAAAGUUUAGGACCACAGCAAAGACUCUGACUUUUCGUUUGUUAGUUUUCUCUUUGGUAGAAAGUUGUUUUCAACCAGUUUUAUUUUUAUUUUUUCUUGUAAAUUGAAAAGAUGCACUAUAUUUGUACAGCUAACAAGGGAGUAAAAGUUCAUAUUGAAAUGGGGUUUGUAUUGUGGAAGUCCGUUCACUGCAUUUUUUAAAAAUCUAUAUUUGAGUUGUAUUUUUUACUGUGGCGCCAAAGACAUGUUCUUAUGAUGUUCUUCGUUUUGGAAGACAAAUAAAUUUGUAAAAAUA